CCAAGACCUCCACCGAGUAUCCUGGGUCUAUUCCAUCGCAGUGGGUUAAGCACGAUAUUGACUAUUGACAAGAUCGCCGAUCUAUUCCAUUAUAGGUAAAGAUCCGGCAAAAGCAACCUCGGCUGAAUCCUUCCUCGGAAAUAACAUUUAAUAUGGACAUCUCCAUCUGAAUCCGAUAAGAAUAUAUUCCGAGGCCAACAAGCAUAUCAAUAUCCCAGUCCGAUAAUCUUCACCCUCAACCUCCAUACUGUAUUCCUCCAUUAGCAGACCAGCACAAGGUACCGAAAAGAAAAAUGGCCCCGAAAGAAAUCGAAGCCAAGAAACGCCGGACCCGAAGCGACUACGUCUUCCACCAAGUAUACCGAACAAGAUGGUUUGAUAACGAUAUGUACGCGCACCUCAACAACACCGUCUACGCAAUGCUCUUCGACUCCAUCGUCAACAGCUGGCUAAUCGCCGAAUGUGGCAUGGACCCCUUCUCCAUCAACAAUAAGGGCUCGGAUUCGUCAGCAAAGACCAACUCAGCGUCUCAGGUGGGUAUCAUGGUCAACUCGUACUGCGAUUACUUUGCCUCGGUUGCUUUCCCCGAUGUGCUGGACCUCGGACUUCGGGUUGCGAAGCUCGGUACGUCGAGUGUUGUCUAUGAAGUUGGGGUGUUUAAGCAGGGGGAGGAGGAGGUGAAGGUUGUUGGGGGGUAUAUGCAUGUUUUUGUGGCGAGGGAGACGAUGAGGCCGACUAAGGCGGGGAUGGAGGAGAGGGUGAGGAAGGGACUGGAGAAGUUGGUUAAGGGGGAUGGGAAGGAAGGGGCAAAAUUGUAG